GAUAGUUAAACUUCUUAUUGUAGUGAUAGUCUUAGAGAAAUAGUCUAUUGUCUCUCGUGAUAGUGAUUGGGUCGCAGCAAUUUGGCGCUACUGAGGAGAGGAGGUGAAAUCCAUAGAUUAUUCUGGAAUAAAUAUACCGCGUAAACUUAAUUUAACAUAACCUAAAAUCAAAUUUGUUCUGAACUGCUUGGCAAAUCUGAGUGCCGACUGUGACGAGUGACCUGUUUAAGUUAGAAAAGAAAAUGCAAGACAUGUUCAAGAUCGUCCAAACUAUCGAAAGGGGCUUGAAACAGCUAACAAUUGUUCCUUCGGGAUGGGAGUAUAAUAAUCAGCUUCAUUGGCCAAAAUUAGGGGCUGAGAAGCUGAUCAGGACUGCUAAUUCCUUACCAGAAGCAAACUGGUUCACAAUGGCUUGCAAAUUAAAAAGGAACCACUUAUUUAACUAUGAAAUUGCUGAAGAGGAACUAAAUCGAAUGUUGGAAAAUGACGAUACUGAACAAGAGGAUAUUUUAGAGGUCCAGACUAAAAAGAGACCGAGCGUGAAGCUGCCAAAGUCCAUAUCUAGCGAACAUAAUUUUAAUGAAUUGGCCAAUAAAUGUAUGUUGACUGCUUCUUUGGAAGAUUCUAGGGUGAAAUCUUCAAAAACAGAGUUGGAUACUGAAGUACUCCUACCCCAAAAAACAAUCCAGCAAAUUAUACCAGAUGGAUUAAGAACAGAAAAAUCCUCUCUAGAUGCAGAAUUGAUGGAAAAAUUUGAGAGCUUGAUAAUUAAUCAAGACAUAAUUAUGAAUAACCAGAAACUAAUUCUGGAAAGAGAAGGUCAUUUAUCUUAUCUAGAAAAUAUAAUGCAACUCCUUGCCAAAUUACAAACCAGUAUAGAUGUUAUGGCUAGUCAUUCAAUUAACAAUAACUGUACAUGUAACACUGCAACUCAGAAUAAUAAUAAUAUUGAUGAUAUCUUUUUCGAGCCAAUAGACUCUUUAGCGGUACUUGAGAAACUGGAGGCCAAAUUGGCUAAUAAGAAGGAAAUGGAAGACUUAAUACAAAAGUUUAGUUAUGUAUGUGGAAGAAAGGGAUGUGGAAAUGGAACCAAUAACUGCUAUAUUUUGGUGGACAAAAUAUUCUCUAGAAAAUUCAUGACUCUAUGUUCUUGGGCUGGAGGUGCUAAAGAUCCUGGAAAAGAGAAAAUUCCAUUCAAAUUUUUCAAAAAUGUUAUCGGAUUAUUUUUUCGUGUUGUGAGACUCUCCGAUGAAGAUUUUACCUUGAAAAAUUGCGAAGAGUUUUUCAAGGCUGUCAUCAGAAACUCAACGAAAAGGAAUGAGAGUAGCAUGACACGAACAUCAAGGAGCAAAAGGAGGCCCAAAAGUCUUUCUUACAAGAUUAAGAACCCAAAGAUUGAAGAAAGUAAUGUUAUGGAACUAAAUGAAUUAAUCAUCAACGAGGAGAACUUUCUAAGUAGUUAUGUUCUGGUUGGAAAUGAGGAUUCUACAGGAGUAACAUUAGAAGAGAUGGAACAGGUGAAUGGAGAGGAUAGUGAAAAUGAAUGAGUGCAGAUUAUAAAUUAUUAACUUAUUUUAUUUGAAUAUUUUGUUGAUUUUUAGUUUACAAGAUGAAAAUUAUUUAUUUUCAUGUAAAGUGUGCAAUAAAGGAAUAAAAAAAAAUUCA